CGCGGUGGUCGGCCGUCUUUUCAGGGGCCGGGCGCUGGGCUGUCCGGGGCGAGCCCCGGGCUCGCGGUAUAUCCCCUCCCCCUAUCUCGCCAGCCGUGCCAUUUUGUCCCUCGUCUCGCACCUACACCUGUACCUCUCUCCCGCCCCUCCUCCCUGCCUCCCUCCCUCCCUCCCUUCGCUCGCCCUCCUGCCUGUCCGCUUCGCUGGAUCGUGCGCCCCCUUUUCUAGCCCCACCAUGGCCGCCGACCCGGCGACGUCGUCACCGUCGCGGAAGCGCCAGCCGGACCCCGCCCGAGCAGCGGACAAUCCUCCCGGCAAACGCGCCGCCACCCUGCCUGUGGCCGACAUCCCGCGCGAGCCCACCCAGGUGGAUGAGUCCCUGACGCAGAUCCAGACGGUUACGCUCUCCUGGCAGCGGGACUCGCUCUUCCGCCAGCUACAUGCGGAGCGGGCACUGCGCGUGGAGGCCGAGCGCCGCGCCCGGCUGUCCGAGCUAUCUGCCGCCGAAUCUGCGCGUACGCUGGCCAGCAUUGACGCCGCAUGGAAGCAGUCCAUCUCCGACGUCAACACCAUUAUCCUCCAGCUGUCGCAGUUCCUCUCCGACUCGACUUCCGUCUCGUCCAGUGCCCUUCAGAGCUUCCAAGCUAUCUCUCAACUCCCCUCGAUGCUUGAUGCCCUCCUGGGGCCGGUGAUUCCCUUCUCGGCGGAGCAGCGCGAAGAGGCCCGGCGACUCAUCGCUCGGCAGUCGGGCAUCGGGUCGGCUGACGACGGUGACGAUGACGAAAAUGACGCCCAGCCGGGGGCUUCCGGGUCGGGGAAACUCGGGGACAGCAUUCUCGGGCUGCCCGGGCUGGCGGACCCGCUCCAGCCUGAGACUGCUCUGCUGCCGGAUCACCGGGAGCAGCUGCUGACCCCGUGGCGCCGGCUCUCGGAUCUGCUGCUGCAGGCCGGGCGAGGCAGCUUCACCGCCGGGCCGGCCCCCUCUGCGGCGGAUACCCUGAUCGCCGAAUUGACCGCCCGCCAGCGCACCACCCUGGCCGCCAUGUCGAUGGCCGCGGCCGAUGCGCACUUCUCCCGCUUCCAGGCCCGCACGGCCCUGUCCAAGUACGAGGACGCGCGGGACCAGGUGGAGCUAACUUCCCGGCGGGUAGCUCGCCUGGAGCAAUCCCUCAAGGCCGGGGCCUUGGGUGAGGCCGGGGCCGUGGCGGCCUCGGCUGCGGCCCUGGCCGUGGCCUCCGGCCAGCCGGAGGUCCCCGUCGGCGGGCCCGGCCCGGCCGGAUCGCCGACCGGCGACCCGACGGCCGCCAAUGCCACCCCCGGGGCCGGCAGCGCUGUCACCACCAAUGGGGCAUCUGGCGCUGGCGGAGCCCCGGCGGCCGGGGCGGCCGUCGACGCCGGCGCCGCAUUGCAGGCUUCGGAGGAGCUGGCCGCCGCGCGCGAACUGGCCGAUUUGCGCCUGGCCGAGGCGGAGCAGCUGCGCAGCGAGAAGCUGGAUCUCCAGCGCAUGCAGGUGAAGCUGCAGGCGGAUCUGGCCGAGCUGCCGGACGAUGUCAUCACCGCCACCCCGACGUACCGGCGGCUGGCGGCGCAUGCGGCCGUGCUGGCGGCGCACGCCACCGAGGCACGCAAUGCCCUGGCCACGGCCCUGGCAUCGGAGAACGAUGUGCAGGCCAAGCGCCGCGAGCACAAUGAGCGCUUCGCGCAUGAUGAGCUCGAGCGCCGGGAGGCGCUGAAGCAUGAAAUCCGCUCCAUCGAGAAGGAGUCCCUCCGGCUGCGGGUGGAGCGCGAUCACCUGCGCGGGCUGCUGGAGGCCCAAAAGUCCCGGGCCCAGUCGGCCGAGAAUUCGUCGGCCCAACAGGGGGAGCUGGCCGAGUCCCUGGCCCAUGUGAAUACCAUGCUGACGCGGGUCGUGUCGCGGCUGUGCCAAAGUGAGCCGGUUUCCACCCGGGAACUGGCCACCACGCUGCAGGCGUCCCUGGCCGCGAGCGAGGUGCUCGGGGAGGUGGCCCGCGGUUCGAGCGUCAAGUCCGAGGAUGGGACGUCCUCCUCUUCGGGGGCCGGGCUCGGGAGCGGCGGCUCGGUCUCGGCCCUGCCCGGGCUGGAUGGGGAUCUGCUGCAGGAGCUGUCGCAGCUGGCCGCCGCGUAUCAGGCCCUGCAGGAGCGGCAGCGCAGCCUGCUGGGGAAUAUGUCCGAGCUGGAUGAUGCCAACAACCGGCUUUACAAUGACAAGAUCCGCUCGCAGCAGCAGAUGACCUCCAUCAACCGGACGCGCGAGCUCCUGUAUGCCAAGGUGGCCCCGCUGGACCGCGUGGCGCGCACGGUGGAGGAGCACAUGCGCAAGGCCGAGUCUCUGGAGAAGUCCAUGCGCCAGCAGCUGGCUUGCUUCGAGUUCGAAGCGGUGGCCUUGCGCUUGGCCACCGAGGCGCACCGGCGCCACGCCGCCGAGACGGCGCUCACCCUGACCGAGUACUCGACGCAGCAGCAGAAGAAUGCCGACCGGGUGCAGUUCCUUGAGAGUUCCAUCGACAAGUACUUGACCAAGUCCGAGCGCGAGGCCCAGCGCGCGCGGCGUUUGGAUGAGGAGGUGACUCUGCUCCGGCGCCGCGAGCGCGGUCUGUCGGCGGCCCUGACGGCGGCCAAUGCCGCGGCCAACGCCGCUGCCGCGUCCUCUUCGCUGGCCAGCGCAUCUGGCACAAACUUGGCCGGCCUCGGAGGGUCGGGCCUGGGCCAUCACGAUGAGGACGAGCUGUCCUCCCUGAAGAAGGAGCUGCAAUCGUACCGAACUCUGAUGAAGUGCGGCGUAUGCAUGCGUAAUGACAAGAAUGCCGUCAUCACCCAGUGCUUCCACUGCUUCUGUCGCUCGUGCCUGGACACCCGGGUGUCCACGCGGCAGCGCGGCUGCCCAGCCUGCGGCGCCCGCUUUGGCGCCAAUGACGUGCAUACCAUCUACAUCUGAGGGAUGGCCGCGCUCCCGCUCCCCUCCCGCUCCUCCUCCUCCUCCUGACAAAAGGCACAUGCAUGCCGGCUCGUGGCUCGGGCAGAGUGCUCUCUCUCUCUCGCUCUGCCCUCCUGCCUUGCCUCUCUCCCCGGUCCCCCUUUUUUCCGUUUGCCCUUCUGCCAAUGUCUCCUUCUCUCUCUCUCUCUCUC